AUGGGGUCACGACCCAUCAUGGCGGCGGAAGAGGCGGAUGUGGAUAUCGAAGGGGACGUGGUGCCAGCGGCCUCCCAGUCCGGAAGUGAUGAGACUACAGCAUCUGUUUUACAAGACCAUUAUCUUGAUUCAUCAUGGAGAACUGAGAAUAGCCUAAUUCCGUGGACUCUGGAUAGCACCAUCAGCGAAGAAAACAGAGCUGUCAUUGAGAAGAUGUUACUGGAAGAAGAAUAUUAUUUAUCUAAAAAAUCACUUCCAGAGAAAUUCUGGCUUGAUCAAAAAGAAGAUGAGAAGAAAUAUACAAAAAGGGUACACUCUCCUACAAAACCAGCCAGUCACUCAGUAAAGUGGACAAUAGAAGAAAAAGAACUGUUUGAACAAGGGCUGGCUAAAUUUGGCCGAAGGUGGACCAAAAUUGCCAAACUAAUUGGAAGUCGUACUGUUUUGCAAGUGAAGAGUUAUGCCAGACAGUACUUUAAAAAUAAGGUAAAAUUAGAUGGUCCAGAGGAAGAAGCACCAAAUGGAAAGAACAGCAGUGACCUUCAGGUUAAAAAUGAAGUCGAAGGGACCAAGACCCGCACACCCUCAGAUUUAUGGGGCCGUGCUGAUCCCAACUUAAAUGCUGUACGAAUUGAAAAGUUGUCUGAUGAUGAAGAAGUAGACAUCACGGAUGAGUCAGAUGACAUGACCUCUCAAGCACCCCAAACAAAUCCUAAGAGUGAUCUGCUGUUAAACGUUCCUAGUAACCAAACACACAAAACCAGUCAAGAAAAAGAAUCUACUACUUUGGACAGCCAAGAAAAUCCUGUUUCUAAAUCUUCCAAGGAAUAUCUUCAGAAUAUGAGGCAUGGUGAAAUGGAAACACUUUCAUGUUCAGAAAUUACAUUUUGUAAUGAAAAACAGUAUACCCCUGGUGAAAAAUUGGUUGAGUUAAUUGAUCAGAAAUGUAACAAAUUGGUUAAAACCUGUGACGAGCAUGAUGGAAAUGGAAUAGUGAGUGAUGUGGGGCAUUUGCCUUCUCCAGAGCCCAGUGAAGGUCAGAAAGAUUCGAGGGAUGGUGAAAUACUUUUUCAUUCAUCCUUCCAAGUGGAGGGGGAGAACCAUGAGGAAGAAGAGCUGAAGCCACCAGAACAAGAAGUAGAAGUAGAUAGAAAUACCAUUCAAGAAGAAGAAAAGCAAGCAAUUCCUGAGUUUUUUGAAGGCCGCCAAGCUAAAACACCAGAACGUUAUUUGAAAAUUAGGAAUUAUAUUUUGGAUCAAUGGGCGAUAUGCAAACCGAAAUACUUAAAUAAGACCUCAGUACGUCCUGGCCUGAAGAACUGUGGGGACGUUAAUUGUAUUGGACGGAUUCAUACAUACCUCGAGUUGAUAGGAGCAAUCAAUUUUGGAUGUGAACAGGCCAUAUAUAACAAGCCACAGCCAGUUGAUAAAGCUCGAAUCAGAGAUAGAAAAGAUGCAGUAGAGGCAUACCAACUCGCCCAGCGCCUGCAGUCUGUGCGCACAAGGAGACGGAGGGUCAGAGAUCCAUGGGGAAAUUGGUGUGAUGCAAAGGAUUUAGAAGGACAGACUUUUGAGCAUCUCUCUGCUGAGGAGUUGGCAAGAAGGGAGGAGGAAACAAGCAAACCCGUUAAGUCUUCCAAAGUGCCAAGACCAACAAAAAGCUCAUUUGAUCCCUUCCAGCUGAUACCUUGUAAUUUUUUCAGUGAAGAAAAGCAGGAGCCAUUUCAGGUGAAAGUGGCUUCAGAAGCACUUUUAAUAAUGGAUUUGCACGCUCAUGUUUCUAUGGCAGAAGUGAUUGGUCUAUUAGGAGGAAGAUAUUCAGAAGUUAAUAAAAUAGUUGAAGUUUGUGCGGCAGAACCUUGCAACAGUCUGAGCACAGGACUGCAGUGCGAGAUGGAUCCUGUCUCGCAGACGCAGGCCUCGGAAGCCUUGGCUCUGAGAGGAUACAGUGUCAUUGGGUGGUAUCAUUCUCAUCCCGCCUUUGAUCCGAAUCCUUCCUUACGAGAUAUUGACACCCAAGCCAAAUACCAGGGUUACUUUUCCAGAGGUGGUGCAAAGUUUAUUGGAAUGAUUAUUAGUCCUUAUAAUCGAAACAAUCCUUUACCUUAUUCUCAAAUUACCUGCCUGGUUAUCAGUGAUGAAAUUAGCCCAGAUGGCUCUUAUCGUUUACCGUACAAAUUUGAAGUACAGCAGAUGUUAGAGGAGCCGCAGUGGGGAUUAGUGUUUGAAAAGACAAGAUGGAUAAUAGAAAAAUACAGGCUUUCCCACAGCAGUGUCCCCAUGGAUAAAAUCUUUCGCCGGGAUUCUGACCUGACUUGUUUGCAGAAACUUUUGGAGUGCCUAAGGAAAACUCUGAGCAAAGUGACCAAUUCUUUCAUUGCUGAAGAAUUCUUGACUCAAAUAGAAAGUUUGUUUCUUUCGAAUUAUAAAAGCAAGCAAGAAAAUGGAGUGGGUGAAGAGAACUGUCCUGUGGGUGCAACGGAAUGAUUCAGUGAUGGAUGAUGAUUAUGUAAGACAUUUCAUCUGGACACCAGAGUUUCUACUUUCAAAGUUGCAAUCUUGACUGUACUUUAGUUACAGUAGCAUAGUAUUGCUGUUCUUUAGUUCACAGGAUCCCGGUCUUGUCGUGUGAAUCGUGUGAAAGGAAAGCAAUCAGGAUUUGUUCUCCUAGUAAUCCCCCCAAUGUCCUAUAACCUUGCUGGCACCAGGCUCUGGGCCGACCACAGGACAGCAGUGCAGUGGGCUCGAAGGGACUGUCUACCCUACCAGAUAUGUGCCAUGUGGCUAGGAUUAUUAAUUAUUUCUCCCUCAGCUCCCAUUUUUGUUAGCUUGUGUCUUCCUAGGAGAACUUAACAUUCUUUGUAUAUGCUUUGGUGAGAUCUUCUUAUGGUACAAAUGAUAUGUGGGCCGGUGGUCACUGAGGUGUUGACUGUGGUUGAGAACUGCUGGCGUAAUAAAUCUUAACAACAUGCUCUGGAGGGCCGAGCCCUGCAGAAGGUGAAAACCUUAAAACUAGAGAAGAAACCCAGAUGAGAAUGAAAUUACCGGUUUGUAAAUCAUGAGCGUUUGCUUCCAUUUUAUUUAAUAGCAAUACUACUCCAAGAAAGGCCGUUUUCUUGCCUUGCUUGUGGUUGACCCUGGUUUGAUCCCCUGUACCACAUAUGGGUCUGCCUCUGACAGGAGUGAUCCCUGAGCACUGAGUCAGGAGUCAGCCCAGAGCACCGCUAGGUGUGGCUCCCCCAGUAAAGAUAGGCCAUUUUCUCAGCUAUUUGAUGAAUUUUGUACAUAAAAUAAUUAACUUCAUUUAGUCUGUUUAGAUUAAUGUUGUGAUAAAACCUCAUUCAGAUGUAAAGCAUGUAAUCAUAACCUUUUAACUAGAUUUUUCCCCCCCUGCACCUAUUAUCAGAUGUAAAACAAGUUAUAUUAAAGCUUGAAUGAAUUAAGUAUUUAAUUUUGAGAACAAAAAAUGUUCCAGGGCAUAUUAGCUACUCAGCUAAAUUUCAGUAACAGCUGAAUUAGAAGAGGUCCACAAGUUCCUUAUAUGAAGGGCCGGUAAAUUAGUAACGUGGGCUCUGCACGCCACACCUCAGGCCUUGCUGGCUUGCCUUGCUUACAGCUGACCCUGAUUCGAUCCCUAGCACUGUCAGGGGCGAUCUCUGAACAUGAAACUACCAGUAAGCCCUGAGCAUGACCAAGUAUGGGUCAUCCCCCCCAAACAAAAUAAAACAAAU